AUGUUGGAAGCACUUGCUAACGAUUUGAUUCCACAAGAAAUUGUUCUGGAUGUCAAUCAUUUUCAAUUACGUCUUCAAGGAAGAGCUGAACUAUUACGUCCAGAUGCUCGUUUAUGUGAUUGUUAUCAGGUUCAGCUCUGUCAUCGAUUGGAUCAACCACUGAGAUUAAUUUUAGAACCAAAAGACGUUGAUCAACCAUAUAUAGAAAAAACUCUCAGUACUAAUGAACAAUUCAUUCCUCAGAAUUUCUUCACAAAUAAUCGACCAACACCUACUGAAGAAGAUAUAUUCAUCAGUUAUAGCGUAUUUCAAAAUGCGCUGGAAAAGUUUCGAUCAUGUAUUGUUGAAAAUUAUGCACAAGUGGAUAGUGAAUCAUGGUUAAAAGAUGUUCACUGUGCCAGUUCAAGUUUAUGUCAGUCAGUAAAAGCUGUUUUAGCAGCUGUCUGUUAUGGUAUGGCUUUUUCUGAUGUUAUCAAUGCAUUAGGAAACAUACAAGUGUGUAUAAUGGAUAUUGUAUAUGAUAUUGGUUUAAAUAAUAAAGUAACCGGUUUCAAGCGUCACGAUAAUAAAAAUUUUAACAGCUUUCGUAGCGAUAGUCAACAGAAUACUACACAGGAAAAUUGGUUUUCAUCAUCCUAUAAGCGAAAACAGACUAGGACUUCUCCAACACUUGUAUCCAAUCUUCAGUCCACCAUUAAAAACACAAGCAAAACACUAGUCAAUUUAAAACGUGAUAUAAAGCCGCAAUCAAGAAAGAAGCUACAUAAUUUGAUUUUAUCGUUGACUAAAAAUCUUCUCUGUCAACUAAGUGCAUUUUUUAUAUGGCGUCAAGUUAAUAUCUCAGUAAAUCCUCAAUUAAUUGGGAAUAGUAAUUUUUAUCCAAUGGUGUAUCGAAUGAAUCAUUUAGUUAUCUGA